AUGACGAGUUCCACAACAAGUAUAGACUUUCCUUUACGUGAACCUCGAAAUGUUCAAGAACUUGCUGAUUUAAUUCAAGAUACAAUGAUGCAAAUUCAAGAAAAAUUCGGACAAAUGAGUGAUUCAAUUAUGAAAAGAAUUGAUGAUAUGGGUCAACAAAUUGAUGGUCUCGAAAGUAAUAUAGCACAUAUCAUCUCAUUAACAAGUGCUGAAUCAUCAUAA